AUGGCGGUAGUAGCUGUUAAGGUGUUAAACCUUCAACAAGAAGGAGCUUCCAGGAGUUUCAUUGAUGAAUGCAAAACUUUAAGAAGUAUAAGGCACUGCAAUCUUCUCAAGAUCAUUACUGCAUGCUGUAUUUUUCAGUUAAAAACUAAGUUGCAAAACAUUACGAAGGGAACAUAUUCAGUUUCAACAUAUUUGCAACGAAUUAAAGAUGUGAGGGAUCAUCUUUCUGCAGCUGGUGUAACAUUUGGAGAUGAUGAUAUUGUGAAAUUGGCACUGAAAGGUUUGCCUUCUGAAUAUAAUACCUUCAGGACAGUUAUAAGAGGCAAGGAAAAUGUGAUCACUCUUAAGGAGUUUCGAUCCCAAUUGUUAGCUGAGGAAGCAACUACUAAGCAACAUUCAGUUUCUGAGUCUUUUGUUACUGCAAUGGUUGCACAAGAAACAUCAGGCAAAGGCAAAGCUCUUAUGUUAGGAGAAGAGCCUUCCAGUGGUUCCUCACAGUCACAGGCUUAUAGUGGUGGUUCAACUAAUGGUGGCUACAAUAAUCAUUCCUCUAACUACAAUGGAGACUAUAUUUCGAAUGGUUUUCAAGGAAGAGUUCAAUGUUAUCACAGGGGAAACUUCACUUAUCAAGGCAGAUCACCAUCUUCCAAUCUCUCUGCAAUGCACAUUGCAUUUUCUCUUUCUGCACCACAAGAACAAUUCUGGGUUGUUGAUACUAGGGCUACUUCUCAUAUAACCUCGGAUCUCUCCAAUCUUAAUCUAGCAACACCAUUUUCUCGCAAUGAUACAGUAACAACUACAAGUGGCUCAGAUACUACACAGUCCCCAAUCCCUGUUGAUCUUAAUUUUCAACUUGAAAAUCUGUCAGUUGUCCUUCUCAUACCCUCGGUGAGUUUGCACCCUAUGCAAACUCGAUCUAAAAGUAGCAUAUCCAAGAAGAAGGUGUUCUCAGCUACAGUUAAGUCAUCUACACAAGUUUGA